AUGGGGGAAGAGGGCAGCAGGGACGCCGAGCCAAGCAUCAGGCCCGACGUCAACAAUCAGGAUUUGAUUGAUGCUGGUCCCUCGGGGGCUCCUCCUGCCCGCCGACUCGCCAGUACUCAGGCGGGCAACCCGAGAUCGUCCAGGAACAACCAGUCCUCCAUAGCGAAUCAGCAAGCUUCCCAGUCGCGGAACUUCGAGUUUGUCCUUGUAACCGAUAGCGAGUCGCGCCGUCAGGUCCGCCGUCAUGCAAUGCGCCAGUACAUGCAUCAGCGGCGCUUGGACGGCAUUGCUCGACUGGGGACCUCUCGUGUACCGGUUAGCGGUUGGAGUACUCGUCCCGCCCCGAAUCCCGCGGCUUCGGACCUAUCUCCUCGGAUCAAAGAUGCGGAGGAUGAUUCUCCUUCGAAAUCGGAGCGGGAGUCGCCAUCCACGGACGAGGAACAAGGCACUUCCCCAGGAUGGCAAGAGUCCCCCUCGCAGCUGUUGGUCCCGAAAGCCCAGAUUAUCAAACGAGAGGAAGAACCGUCUCCGUUAAUGAGUAGCUUCCAAUCUUCGGAUCCCCUCGCCUCUCCUGGGAAAGGGGGCGUCCGGGACCCGUUCAGCUGCUAUCCUAUCCCGAUAUGCCAUGCGGAUCAUGAAUUGAUCCAACACUAUAACCCGAUGAUGGAAAUAUUCCGGCAAUUUGCCCUACACGACGGUCUUCCGUUCCAGGCUAUGCUUGCUAUUGCCUCCAAGCAUCGUGCAGGUGUGGAGGGAAAGACUGAGUCAGUUCAGAGUCUCACACACAAGAUGCGAGCCUUGCGGAUGAUGAACGAACGAAUUCAUGCGGACUCGACGGGGCAAAAUGACGGAACCAUAUACUCAGUGGCUACCAUGGCUGUUAUCGAGAAAUGGUCUAAAGAUGCCUCCAUCGAGCGUAUGCACUUUCGAGGGCUGGCUUCGAUGAUCAGAAACCGAGGCGGGAUGCGAGGAAUGCGCGUCUCGAGUCCUUUCCUGGAAAAAGUUCUCUAUUGGGUUGAUUUCAGCUGUGCCCCGAAGGCAAUCGUUAGUACCUCUCUACCCUGGACAGGCACAGUACCAGACAUCCCACCCUCUGGGUUUGACUUUCUUUCUCAUGACCUUCAUUUUUCUAUACCUCACGAUUCCACAACGGAUGAGGGGCCCGGAAGCGAGUGUGAUAAACUACGAGCAUGCGAGGACUUUCUGAGAUUCUUCCGCCGCCUUCAUGACUUGGAAUAUGCCGCGUUGAACGCCCCUCCUAUUCUAAUGUCUAGUAUUCCGGGUCGGAGCACCAAACAAUUUAGCCCCGGCACCCAGUUACAUUCCAUACUGACCAUGCUUCCCGACUACGACCAUGGAAUCCGGGACAUUCGAUUCAUCGAUGAAUACACGGGCAUGGCUUGCCUCUUAUUUCUCGCUGUCGCCCUCUACGAUUGCUAUAUUAAUUCCCUCAACUUUGACCGAUAUCUUGAAUGGCUGGGCAAGGAAGUCAGGAAGUUGAAUCCGCACACGAAUCCCAGCAUCACAUCGAUCCUCUGGCUCUUCCUGAACAACGGCGGGUAUCCCAGGGACCAGGCCGGGGACACAGGAGACCGGUGCUGGAUCGUGUCCCGCAUGGUGCGGGUUGCCAAACGUCUGGAAUGGAAACGCCAGGGUACCAUUUGGGACCGCGUCCGCCAGGUUCUCAUCGAUUUUAUUUCGACGCAACAAGAGUGCGGCCUUGGUUCGGACAGCGUUGACGAAGCAGCCCUCCUCGCUCGGCAGCAGAAAACCUGUCGAGCUCCGGGAUAUUUCUGGAGCGAGGACCAGAUGCGUGAAGAUAUACUUGAUCUCGAAAUCCCUACAGCUACGACAUACUCUGAAAUGAAUGCACCAGUUCUUACGUAG